GAUAGAGUUCCAGGUGUGUUUUUCUAAUAAUUAGAUUUGUAAAUCCACUUUGCUUUUUGUUAUUGGCACAUUCUAGUACUAAUGUAAAAUUUCACAGUCCUUUCUAUAAUCAUCUGUUAUUCAAGGCUAAGUGUAAUAUGUAUACUAAUAUACUUUUAUCCUUGUUGAUUUCUCAUAUGGUAUGAUUGUUGAAAGACACAAAUAAGUACUAUUUGGUUUUCUAGGCCUGUGGGUAAAAAAAAAAAAAAAAAAAGUCAACUAAAAUCAUUUGGAUAUAUUUCGAAGGAAAAAAUAACCUAGAUUCCUAAAUAAUAGAAGCAAGGAAGAUUUGAAGAGUCUGUCAGUAUUCAUCUUAAUUUAAAGCUCUUUGAGAAUAAAGGGCAUACACACAUCUAUAAAUAUGUAUCUCUUUCAAUUUUAUUAAAGGUAUUUUCUUUAUUUCUCCUGCCAAAACUGCUUAUGAAAAAUAUCUAUCUUUGGCUGAGAAUUCUAGCUACAAACAAUUCCAGAAUUCUCCUAAGGAAUCAAAAUAACGUUUCCUUCCUAUAAUAGGUUCCCUUCAUGCCUCUCUUUAUAUUUUUUAUUUUAAAACACAUAUAAGACAAAGGCCUCUGAUUCAUUCCAUUCGGGACCUGAGAUUUGGAUAUGGGCAAUUUGUAGUAUUUGUCAAAAGAAUAUAAUAAAACUACCCAUAAGCCCCAAAUUCAAUAUAUACAUUCACCAAUGGAACUCUAAUAAACAGAUCAUUGAAUUUUAACGCUGAAAGAGGCCCUUGGAGAACAUGGAGUCCAAACUCAAAAACUGAAAGCCAAAGAAUUUUAAGUCACUGGCCAGUCGCUCAAAUAACCAGAGGACUAGACCCUCAGACUCUCGAAAUCCAAGUUCUGUGAUCUUUAAUAAGUCAUAUGUUCCCAUGACACAGACUCCUUGUAUCCAUCUAUCAUUCCUCACAAGGUGAAAACAUAGUUAACUGGGUUUAUCCAGUGUUUGUGCAACUAGGAAGCAUUCUUAAAAGCAAAACUGGGAACAUAUGAAAUUUCCGUAACAGAAGCUUUCUCCAAGGCUGCAUUUUCUGUCUAUUCACAAGUAACCUUCUAAGGUAAUGUUCUCUACAGGCAGGAGCUAUUAAUCUUUGAUGCCUCUAAAAAAAAAAAAAAAAAAAAAAAAAAAAAAAAAAAAAAAAAAAAAAAAAAAAAAAAAGAAGAAGAAGAAAAAAGGCAACAAUGCUAAUUUUAGGUUACUGCUAUUAAAGAAAAAAAAAAAACACUCUUACUCUCAAUAUCUGAUCAUCUUGGAAAUUCUUUGCAGACUUUGUUUUCAAGAUCUACCUAAAAGUACUCUGUCUAUGCCGGGAGAAAUCUGUAGAUACUAAGCCUGAUGUUUGAAAUGUGCACUUUGGCAGACCUCCAUCUAAAGGUGUAUUUUUUAUGAAGGAUAAAGAGCAGCUGAUUAUACUCACCAAACCCCAGAGGAAACAGACUCUGUUGAUGAUAACUGCCUACAGGAAGAGCUCAAGUUUCCCUUUCCCUCCAACCUUUGCUCGGAUAAUUAUCAACCAAGCCCUACCAAGAAUAUUUCAUUUGAUGAACCAGCAAAGUGUCCAGAAAGAAAAGAAAAGGAAAAGCAGUGCACUUCCCACGCGGGUGGGAGAAAGAGCUUCUGUGCGCUUUCCCUACUGAUUAGAGCCCGGAAAGUUGAUCUCUUUUCAAGCUGUAGAUGUGGCGUGCUGCAGUCACGCCUCCCGCUGCCAGCCCAGCACCGGGAUCUUAAUCAGUCACUAUGCAAACUCAUUAGCUCCACAGCAAUGAAUCCUCCACUGCUGAAGCUUGGCGCUGUGCUUAGUACCAUGGCAAUGAUCUCAAACUGGAUGUCCCAAACUCUCCCAUCCUUGGUAGGACUGAACACCACGAGGCUGUCGACGCCAGAUACCUUAACUCAGAUUAGUCCCAAAGAAGGGUGGCAAGUGUACAGUUCGGCACAAGAUCCUGAUGGACGAUGCAUUUGCACAGUGGUGGCGCCAGAACAAAACCUGUGUUCCAGGGAUGCCAAAAGCAGGCAGCUUCGCCAACUUCUGGAAAAGGUUCAGAACAUGUCCCAGUCUAUUGAAGUCUUAAACUUGAGAACACAGAGAGAUUUCCAAUAUGUUCUAAAAAUGGAAACCCAAAUGAAAGGGCUGAAGGCCAAGUUUCGGCAGAUUGAAGAUGACCGAAAGACACUAAUGACCAAGCAUUUCCAAGAGUUGAAAGAGAAGAUGGAUGAACUCCUGCCCUUGAUCCCAGUGCUGGAACAGUACAAAACAGAUGCCAAGUUAAUCACCCAGUUUAAAGAGGAAAUCCGGAAUCUGUCUGCCGUCCUCACUGGGAUUCAAGAGGAAAUUGGUGCCUAUGACUAUGAGGAACUGCACCAAAGGGUGCUUAGCCUAGAAACCAGGCUUCGUGACUGCAUGAAAAAGCUGACAUGUGGCAAAUUGAUGAAAAUCACAGGCCCAAUUACAGUCAAGACAUCUGGAACCCGAUUUGGUGCUUGGAUGACAGAUCCUUUAGCAUCUGAAAAAAAUAACAGAGUCUGGUACAUGGACAGUUAUACUAACAAUAAAAUUGUUCGUGAGUACAAAUCCAUUGCAGACUUUGUCAGCGGGGCUGAAUCAAGGACAUACAACCUCCCUUUCAAAUGGGCAGGAACUAACCAUGUUGUCUACAACGGCUCACUCUAUUUUAAUAAGUAUCAGAGUAACAUCAUCAUCAAAUACAGCUUUGAUAUGGGGAGAGUGCUUGCCCAACGAAGCCUGGAGUACGCUGGCUUUCACAACGUUUACCCCUACACAUGGGGUGGAUUCUCCGAUAUCGACCUAAUGGCUGAUGAAAUUGGGUUGUGGGCUGUGUAUGCAACUAACCAGAAUGCAGGCAAUAUUGUCAUCAGCCAACUUAACCAAGAUACCCUGGAGGUGAUGAAGAGCUGGAACACUGGCUAUCCUAAGAGAAGUGCAGGAGAAUCUUUCAUGAUCUGUGGGACACUAUAUGUCACCAACUCGCACUUAACUGGAGCCAAGGUGUAUUAUUCAUAUUCCACCAAAACCUCUACGUACGAGUACACAGACAUUCCUUUUCAUAACCAAUACUUUCACAUAUCCAUGCUUGACUACAAUGCCAGAGAUAGAGCUCUUUAUGCCUGGAACAACGGUCACCAGGUCCUGUUCAAUGUCACACUUUUCCACAUCAUCAAGACUGAGGAUGACACAUAAGCAAAUGUAAUUUGUUUUCAUUGAUCUAAACAGUGUCAUUUGUGAUAAACUCUAUAGGAUCCCUUCUGUUGUUCCUUUAUUAUAACUUCUCAUCAUUUCUCCAAAGCUUUUUUUAUUAUAAAGUGGUUUUUCAAAAAAUAGCUGAGCCUGUGUAAAUCAGCCUGUUGGAAACACAUCUUAACUCCUAAAUUUACAGGGCCUAUCAUGUCCUUACCAUGAAAAGCACUAAAAAGAGUUUAAAUGGCUAAAGUUAUAGUUUUGCAAAAGAUUAAUGAACUGCCUUAUAUUAGAGUCAGAGACUAAUGAUGGCUUAAAUGCAUGAAUGUCUUUUUUUUUUUAAUUCUGUCAUUUUUUUACUGUCUUUUGCUCUACAUCAGGAAAUAUUUUGGUAGGAAUUAGGGGAAAAAAAGCACUUUCCUCCCAUUUAUUUCUAAAAAAGAUUUAAGGAUUUUAUUUAUAUGGAAAAAUUAUACUACUCAUUUUGCUGUUCUAGAAUUCUGAUGCGGUGCUGUAUAGUCAUUUUUAAAUCUCUUGCUAACAUUUUAUUGGCAAUAUGUAUUUCUACCAUUGUAACAACCAUUGUGCAAUUGUAUCUCUUCACUUCUGUGAAAGUAAGUAAUAUUUUUUAUAAAAUACACUGAAGUUUAAUCUCAGUAAUUAUCAUGGGCCAAUUUUCAAGUGUGGUCAAGAAGGAAUUAUCUUCUCGGCUUAACCCUUUACUUAAAACGAUAAACGAAAAAAAAAUCAAACUACAUCCCUUGCAUAAAAUAUUUAUAUUAACCCAAGUUUAUCGGAUCACUAACACUGAUGCUAAACCUGAUUCAGUGAGGAGGAGUUCCUCUGUUCACUUCACUGCUUACAAAAAUGCCACGAAGUCGGAAAAUUCAGAUUGGAGUUGAUUUUACUCCAUUAUUAUACAACAAAAAUUCUGUUCUUCAUAAUUAUAUAGUGUUUUAAAUUUCACACACAACUUGCAAUAAUGUAAGUACUUGUGUCAGGAAUUGGCAAGUACAUGAAGCACAUAACAAGACUUGAAAAGAAAAUUCCUGUGAUGUCUUCUAGAUUUAUGGAGCUCUGGAGAGUUACUGGCAAUAUUAGUCUGGAAGAAAAUGAUGGGAAAACUUGGGAGUUGUCUGUGAGGUUUAAAUGUACAAAAAACAAUUCAGAAAACAAGAUGGGAAAGCAACCCCUUGUUACCCUGAUUCAUUAUGUUUGCAAAAUAAUGUAGCCAAAAAAGAAAGCUUUAAUAAUAUUUUAUGUUAAUAAUGCCAAAAACAUGUAAUCAGUAUUUAUCACACAUUUCAUUGACUGUGGAUGUAUUUUCCAUAUAUUAAGAAUACUUACCUAAGGCAGUUUUACAGAAUCUAGUGUGGGUUGCUUUUUAACAAUUUAAAAAGUAUAUUCUAUAACUAAUAAUGUUUAACUUAAAUUAUCGUAAAUGUUUAGUUUCACACAUACAUAAUAACUUCCUUUGUAAAGUAAGGAUAUAAUAAUUCAGAUAAAGCAUUGUGUAAAAAAAAACUGCUAACACUUAAGAGUAAUUCAUUUCAGAGGUCACAAGUAAAACAUACUUCUCAAAUAUUUCACUGUCAAAGUCCUAAACCUAAAUAACUCACUUGAGACUGUCAAAGUUUAUCAAAGAUUUCUUUUCCUUUUGCCUACAAAAAGUUAGCAUGACUUAGUGACCACUCGGGUCCUUUUGGUUGUCUUCUCUCCUAAAAUGUUUAUGUAAGUUCUUGUCUGCUUUUCAGUGUUAGAAAAUUUAGGGGAUUCACUUGCCAUUGUAUACACCUCACAAAAAUAUCAGCCAAUACUUUGUAUAUCAAGUAUUGUAUGAAGAAAGAAAGUCAAUUUCAAAAAUGAAUGCAUUUUUAAGCAGAUGGCCUCUGAUGGAUAUCUGGGUCUUCGUUACUUUUUUUUUAAUGAUGUAAUAUGGUAUCACGCACUCAAAACCUGGACAAUCACAGCUUUUUCGUGAGAUGUGCAGCUUGUAAAGCCCUCUAUUGUUUUCUGUGUAAGGCUUCGUCACCAUAUCCGAUUCCCAGUGUAUGUGCUGCUAGGACAAGCACAGAUUCUAUUAUUGUCAUCGAGUUUAAAUGUGAUUUGCAUUAAACAUUUGCAGUUCAAGAGCUUUUUUCUUAAUAAAUUAUUAUCAAUUUUGUGCCUGAACAAGAA